AUGGGAAUGCAAUGGAGGUUGAUGGAGUUACUGCCAUUUGCGGCGAUGGUGACGGUGGAAUGUCUGGACGUGGGUAUGACCACACUCAGCAAAGCUGCCAUGUCCGAAGGGAUGAGCCAUUUCGUGUUUGUGGUCUACUCCAACGCCCUUGCCACUCUCAUCAUGUUUCCUUCUUCCCUUUUCCUCAACUGUAACAGGAAAACCGCAGCACCCAUCAUAACUUACCCUCUCAUUUGGAAAUUCUUCCUUCUGGGUCUUUUUGGGAUGACAGUGAUGCAGAAUUGUGUGUUUACUGGAGUUGGCUACAGCUCUCCAACGCUUGCCUCUGCUCUCAGCCAAUUGAUCCCAGCUUUCACUUUCUUACUCGCUGUUCUCUUCAGGAUGGAGAAGCUGAAUUUGGGAAGCUUAAGGGGCCAAGUCAAAAUCCUGGCCACAAUUGUAUGUAUUUCUGGAGCACUUAUUGUCAUCUUCUACAAAGGACCUCCAAUUUGGGCCUCAAAUGUAGUUCAGUCACUCCCAAACCCAGACCUUCCCACCAUAACAGCCGAUUCUUGGGUCAUUGGAGGCCUUUUCAUUGCAAUGGCUUGUCUCUCCAUGUCAAUAUUCAACAUCUUCCAGGCAUCAGUACUCAAGGAGUUCCAUUCCAACAUAACCAUCGUGGCCUACUGUUGCCUCUUUGGAACCAUUCAAUCUGCACUUGUGUCUUUGAUAGCCGAGAAGGACCCGAAUGCCUGGAAGCUGCAGGCUGACAUCAAACUGCUCUCUGUCAUCUACUCUGCUGUAUUUGGGAAUGUUGCUUCAUAUUCGGUGAUGUCAUGGUGCAUCCAGAUCAAAGGACCAGUGUUUGUGGCAAUGUUCAAGCCCUUAUCCAUUGCCAUUGCCUCCUUCUUGGGGAUCCUCUUCCUCGGCGACACCCUCCACGUAGGGAGCGUUGUUGGAGCAAUGGUGAUUGUAGCAGGUUUCUACGGGGUGAUAUGGGCACAAUCAGGAGAAGACAAGCCAUCAAGGGAACACAUAGGUGAGUAUUGUGUAGCAUCGUCGUUCACAGCAGGGGAGUCAUCUUCUUCAGUGAGUGCAGGUCUGCUAGACAACUAUGUGGAUGUAUAG